AUGCCCGUCACGGGGGGGUUCUCGCGCACGGCCGUGAACUCAGAAUCUGGCGUGAAAAGUCCCCUAAGCGGACUCGUCACGACGGCCUGCGUACUUGUCAGCAUCUACAAGCUCACCGAUGCAUUCUACUGGACCCCCUCGGCGACGCUGGCCGCUAUCAUCAUCGUCGGCGUGUGGCAGAUCAUCAUCCCCGUGCGGGUCUUCUGGCAUUACUGGAAGGCCUCGUUUGCUGAUUUCGUCGGCAGCAUGGUCGCCUUUUGGGUGACGUUUUUCGUGGACGUCGAGACCGGUAUCGCUGCCGCUGUCGGGUAUAGUAUUGUCUACGUGUUUUUGCAGCUGGCGUUUGCGCCGGUAGAUCUGGUGACGAGUGAUAAUUAUCAUCAAAUCUAA